UAAUUCUAUGUGGUAUUCCCAGGAGGAGCUUACCAUCCAUCAGGGUCAACUGGAGGCAACCCUGAAGGAGCUUCAGUCCCUGAGGAACAUGCAGAAAGAUGCUAUUGCUGCUUACAAGUUGUGUGAAUAUUGGUGGUGUGGGCCCCCAUCCCCAAGUGCUGGUCUCAGUAAUUACCAUGGUGAUGAUCAUGGAGGUUUCCAGGAAAACAAGCUACACCUGCAGCAACACGUCUCCUUGGAGUUUCUCAAGCUGCAUCAGUUCCUGCACAGCAAAGAAAAGGACAUUUUAAAUGAGCUCCGAGAAGAGGGAAAAGCCUUGAAUGAGGAGAUGGAGAUGAAUCUGAACCAGCUUCAGGAACAGUGUCUCCUAGCCAAGGAGAUGUUGGUGAGCAUCCAGGCACGGAUGGAAAAGCAGAACUCCUUCGACUUUCUCCAAGACAUCACACCUUUCUUGGAUAGCUUAGAGCAAGGAAUGAAGGUGCUGACACCCAGAGAGCUUAUCUCCAGAAAGCUGAACCUGGGCCUGUACAAAGGUCCCAUCCAGUACAUGAUGUGGAGGGAAAUGCAGUCUACUCUGUCUCCAGGCCUAUCUCCUUUAACUCUGGACCCUAAAACAGCUCACCCAAAUCUGGUGCUCUCCAAAAACCGAACCAGUGUGUGGCAUGGUGACAUUAAGCAGGUAAUGCCCGAUGAUCCAGAGAGGUUUGACUCAAGUGUGGCUGUGCUGGGCUCAAAAGGCUUCACAUCUGGAAAGUGGUACUGGGAAGUAGAAGUAGCAAAGAAGACAAAAUGGACAGUUGGAGUCGUCAGAGAAUCCAUCAUUCGGAAAGGCAGCUGUCCUCUAACUCCUGAGCAAGGAUUCUGGCUUUUAAGACUAAGGAACCAAACAGAUCUAAAGGCUCUGGAUUUGCCUUCUUGCAGUCUGAAACUGACUAACAACCUCGACAAGCAUGAUGAAGUAACAUCAAAUGAAAUAAAGGCCCUUAGAGAAAGCAGUGAACUAGCAACAGAUCACAAAAAAGAAUUAUCCAAAAGCCCAGAAAAGCAUUUUAUAAGGACUCCAGUUGUAGAAAAGCAGAUGUACUUUCCUCUUCAGAAUUAUCCAGUGAACAACAUGGUAACAGGUUAUAUAUCAAUUGAUGCCAUGAAGAAAUUCCUUGGGGAGCUACAUGACUUCAUUCCUGGAAGCUCAGGAUAUUUGGCAUACCAUGUUCAAAAUGAAAUUAACAUGUCUGCUAUAAAAAACAAGUUGAAGAGGAAAUAUUGAAUUAAAUUGUCCUUAUAGCUGGG